CGGCUGGCCGGAUCACGUGUCGGGGGUGCUGCAGGCGGCCCAGCAGCGGAGAGGGGUGUUUAGUUUUUCAGGGUCGGAUGCGCGGAACCAGCUGAGACAGCAUGUCACUCGAGGACCCUUUCUUUGCAGUCAAGGGCGAGGUGCAGAAGGCGGUGAACACGGCUCGCGGGCUCUAUCAGCGCUGGACCGAGCUGCUCCAGGAGGAGGCGCUGGUCAGCAAGGAGGAGCUGGACUGGACCACCAACGAGCUGAGGAACAGCCUGAGAUCCAUCGAGUGGGACCUGGAGGACCUGGAGGAGACCAUCGGCAUCGUGGAGUCGAACCCACGCAAGUUCAAGAUCGAAGGAGACGAGGUGGCGGAGAGGAGAGCCUUCGUGGAGAGCUCCAGAGACACAGUCAGGGAAAUGAAAGAUCACAUUUCAAGCCCCUCAGCCAUUGCGAAGACAGAAAGGAAAAGCCGGCAGGCUCUGCUGGGAGGGGGGUCCUCUCGUGGGGGGGUGCAGGCUGACCGCUACACUCUUCUGGAUCAGGACCUGGGAAACACGCGGUACAUAGAGGACCAGCAGGCACAGCAGCAGCUGAUCGUGGAGCAGCAGGAUGAGCAGCUGGAGCUGGUGUCUGGCAGCAUCCGAGUCCUGAAGAACAUGUCGGGGCGCAUCGGAGACGAGCUCGACGAGCAGGCAGUGAUGCUGGGAGAGUUCUCCGAGGAGAUGGAUCAGACGAGUUCCCGCAUGGACGGUGUUCUCAAGAAGAUGGAGAAAGUCUCCCACAUGACCAGCAGCCGGCGGCAGUGGUGUGCCAUCGCUGUCCUCGCUGCGAUCCUGGUGGUGGUGCUCAUCCUGCUCUUCACUCUGUGAUUGUCGAGUCUGGCCUGGAGCCUGGCUCCGGGGGGGGGGGGGGGGGGGGGACCGACAGACAGACUGACAGCCCCCCACAAGCGAGGAAACGACACAGGAACCAAGAAACCAACACCAGAGACACUUUAAAAGAGGAAAGCUUUUUUUUGUUUGUUUUGUGUACGUUUUGAAAGAGAAAGCUCGUGGCUCGCUGUGCUUCACUGAUCGCAUUCACACCCUGUGGAUUCUGCUCCAGCGCCCCCUGCAGGGGUGGAGGGGGGCAAUUUGGGGUUUUUCUCUGUAAACGUGUGCAGUCUGGUGAGCUAAAGAUCUGAUGUCGCAUCUCGUGAGGAGACGGUGAACUCUGCAGCGCUUAUAAAGAGAAGUUCAGGAGCGAGAGCCGGCCGUCGGCCAGCGAUCCGCGUGCAGCGAGAGCUCUCCUCCCUCAGCAGCGAGUCAGCCUGCCCUACAUCAAAAAACUCCCCACUAUAGGGUUACCAUUUUUAAUAUGUAAAAUAACUUGGUUUUUAAUAUAAUGUAUAUGUACUGUAAUUGUGUGCUUUCCAACCCCUGAACACGCAUUAAUAAAUAAACAAAUGCUUUUUACAAA